CCCGAACCGCGGUGCAUCUUGACCCAACACUACCAAAUUACUCAAGGUCUGAGGAACGUGCGACGCGGGGAUACGGGGACCAGAACGGAACAACCCCACUUGGACCAUUGCCUUCGAGUCGUGUAUAGAACAAGAUGAAGUUCGGGAAGGAGUUGCUGAACGCGGUGAACCAAUCCAACCCGGAAUGGGGUCCGUUUUGGAUGAAUUACAAAGCGCUCAAGAAGCGCAUCAAGGCCGUUGUGAAAACGGCGCCGACAUCGCCGACCGCGCGGGCAAGUGUCGAUUCGGAAGACCCGCGUGAAGUCGACUUGACCCAGUGCCAAGAAGAAAUCGAUUUCUUCACGGAACUGCGCGACCAACUGAGGAAACUAGCAUGCUUCUACGUCGCCGAAGAAAAGCGAUAUUUGUUUCGGUUUCAGCAACUCCAGGCAGUGCUGAAAGACAUGAAGAAGAAGACCGAAGUGGACGAAAUUGAUGCCAAACGACUCAUGGUCGCUUGCGUCCACUUCUACGGCGAAUGCAUCCAACUGGAAAACUACGCUGUGACCAACUACCAAGGGUUCUCCAAGAUUCUGAAAAAGCACGACAAAAUGACCGGGCAUAACACGCGCACCAAGUACAUGCGCAAGAUGGUGAACCAGAGUCCGUUUGCCAACUACCCGCAACUGAUCUCGAUCUUGGACGGGACCGAGCGCAUGUUUACAGAGAUUCCAGUCGGCGACUCGGUCAUGCAAACCGCCAUGUACAUGGCGAUGAUGGGGCAAACCGGCGGACCCCGACGAGACCCGCUGCAGCCACAUCUCGCGUCGUCCAACAUGGAAGUGGAUUCGUAAAAGUGACGCGCGACUUCCACUUAUUAUUGCCCGAGUACCCGUACUUAUCCUCCAUCCCGCAUUGCUCGUGGAUGGCGCUGUUCCUUGUUUCCCUAGUCCCUAAUGCUAAUCCUCGUCAAUGCAUACCCCGCCUUGCUUUCCUUGGA